AAGAAGGAAAAAGAAAAAAAGAAAAAAAAAAAAAACUGGACGAAGAACUCGGAGGUGAGCAGAAUUUGUGUAAGCUUCCUCAUCCUACCGUCACCCUCACCCUCACCAGAAACGCCCAAUCGCAAUCGAACUGUGAGGCACCUACUUUACGAGUCGGUUUCUUUAUCAUCCCACAAGCGCGCGCCCUACCCCAGUUCCGAUCACCUUCUUCUGCAAUUCGCGGGAAGAGGCUUCGUUGCUCUGCAACUCGGAAGUCCACAACAUCAAUGUAUCCACAAUAAGUUCCGCAAUCUUCAUUUACAAGGAUCUGUUUUCUUCAACACCGCAUUCGUUGUUGCCUUUCUUCAAUUUUUGUUUUGGAAGUUGAAAACUCAUGGAAUCGGACGAAGAAGAUUUCGUUUUCUAUGGAACGCCGAUUGAGCGGGAGGAAGAGAUCAACAGCCGUAAAAAGAAAUCUGUGGCUGACGCUUCUGGUACCAUGCGAAGCCUGCCUUCCUGGAAACAAGAGGUUAGAGACGAGGAAGGGCGUAGAAGAUUUCAUGGGGCAUUCACAGGUGGAUUUUCGGCUGGCCAUUACAACACAGUGGGCUCAAAAGAAGGUUGGACUCCACAGUCAUUCACGUCAUCCCGAAAGAAUAGAGCCGAAGUCAAGCAGCAAAACAUUUUAAACUUCUUAGACGAAGAUGAAAAAACUGAAUUGGAAGGUCGAGGCCUGGGGACAUCUUUCCAGUUUGAUACAUUUGGGUUCACAGCAGUAGAGCUUGCUCGCAAACAAGCUGAAAAGGAGCAACAGCAGAGGCCAUCUGCAAUUCCUGGACCUGUUCCUGAUGAAUUAGUUGUUCCAGCUGCAGAAUCCAUAGGUGUGAAGUUACUAUUAAAGAUGGGAUGGCGCCAUGGACGUGCAAUAAAGGACUCAAGAGCUAAUUCCCUCUACGAUGCUCGAAGAGAUGCUCGAAAAGCAUUUCUAGCAUUUUCUACAGGUGAUACCAAAUCAGAGAUCCACAAUUCUGAAUCAUUUCAGGAUGAUGAUGGUGUUUCUCCUCAACCUGCCAAGGGUGAUAUUUCAUCUUCUCAGAGCACGCCUGUUUAUGUGAUCAACCCAAAACAGGAUCUGCACGGUUUAGGUUUUGAUCCUUUCAAGCAUGCACCUGAGUUUAGGGAAAAGAAAAGAGCACGUGCGGCUGGGAAACAGGAAGGUUACGGAAAAGUUUUCUCCACGAAAAAUAAUCUUUUUGGCUUUAGGACUGAGAGGGUUGCUUCUGGCUUUGGCAUUGGUGCACUUGAGGAACUUGAUGUCGAAGAUGAGGAUGUCUAUACCUCUGGUUAUGAGUUUGAGGAAACAUACGUACAAGAAGACGAUGAACCACCUUCUAAAUUGAUUACAGAUGGUAAACAAAAGUUGAUUGAAAGAAAAGUAGAUGGUGUAUUGCCUGGGUUUAGAGUUCCAUCGAACUCUGACUACCAGUUGGAGAGGUUUGAUCCUCCAGUAAUACCCAAGGAUUUUAGACCCCGCCACAAAUUUGCGGGGCCUCUCAAUGGUGGCUAUAAGCUUGCUGAUACCCCUCCCGUCGAUGUUCCACCUCCUGAUGAUAAUAAUCUAAAACUUCUAAUUGAAGGGGUAGCAACUUUGGUUGCUCGCUGUGGAAAACUAUUUGAGGAUCUCUCUAGAGAAAAAAACAAGUCGAACACAUUAUUCAGUUUUCUUACUGGAGGAACUGGUCAUGAGUAUUAUUCAAGGAAGCUAUGGGAGGAGCAGAUGAAGCGCAUGGACCAACCUAAGCAUCAAUUUAAUGAUAAAUACUCUCCAAGCGUGGAGAAGAUGACAGCCGAAAGUCGUGGAAGAAUCCUACAUGAAAGGCCUUUGGCAAGAAGCUCUAAAGAGUUAAAUCCACCUGCUGCUUCUGAUGGCGUCCAUGUCCAAUACAAUCUUUCAGAUACAUUUACUAAACCUACAUCAUCUGGUGGGAUGUCAGAGGUCGUCAAACCUUUUGAGGAUGAUCCAGCAAAGCAAGAAAGAUUUGAGCUUUUUUUAAAGGAAAAGUACCAAGGAGGCCUGCGCGCUGCUGCUCCAGUUGUAGCUAUUAACAUGUCAGAAGCUGCUCGUGCACGUGAGCGCUUGGACUUCGAGGCUGCUGCAGAGGCAAUUGAGAAAGGGAAAGGGAAAGGGUUGAAAGAAUCUAAGCUUUCUGCUGAGCACUUUGUGGAUUUUUUAGCUACUGGAGGAAUGCGGUUUACUUCUGGUGGUGUAGAGGAAGUGAAAGAUCCGAAAGUAGAAGGUUUAGUUGUGGAGAAAAUGAUCCCAAAACGGGAAGAAUAUCAGUGGCGUCCUGCUCCUAUUCUGUGCAAGCGGUUUGAUCUCAUUGAUCCCUACAUGGGGAAGCCACCACCAGCUCCUAGGAUGAGGAGCAAGUUGGAUACACUUAUUUUCACUUCAAAUUCUGUCAAGUCGACAAAGGUCGAAGAACCUUUAACCUCAACCCUUACUCCAUCACCUCAAUCAAAUGCUGAAGAAAAAGACGAAGAUGCAUCCAGAAAUGUGAAUGAAAAGGAAAUGGAAGUUGAAUGUGUUGAUCGGCCCGUUGAUCUCUAUAAGGCUAUUUUCUCUGAUGAGUCUGAGGACGAAGAGAGUACAUCAACUCUCAAGCAAGCUGAAGAUCCUAAAAAGAAAGUUGAAGUGGCUAAUACGACACUAAACCGUUUGAUUGCGGGUGACUUUCUGGAAUCUUUGGGUAAAGAACUUGGUCUGGAAGUGCCUCCAGAUCUGCCUCCAUCAAAGAAAGGCCAAACUGCAGCUCCUCAGACAGAAGUUGCGCCUAUUGGUGAACAAAAUACUGAUAUCCUUUCGACUGAAAACAAGGCUUAUCCCACCCCAUCAUCCACUGGGAUUCCAUCGGAUCGCAGAAAAACAGGCACCAAGGAACUUGGUCUAAGUGGCAGAAGAGAAGACAAGGAAAUCAAUCAUAACUCUGCUGGAAGUGAUGGUAAAUUUAUGGAGACCAGUUCUUCCGGGAAAAAUGCAAGUAAAGUUAAUGAAGAAAAGAUUUACAAGGAGGAUAGAAAACAUCACGGGCGAGCUGAGAUUCAUCGUGAAUGUAGCAACAGCUCAUCAUCGGAAGAUGAAAAGAGAAGAAAACGCUCAAGGAGGCGCAGGUAUAAAAGUAGUGACUCAGAUGAUAGUGAGUCGAGUGAUUAUCAUGCUAAAGAGCACUCAAGAUCAAGAAAUAGAAAGAAAGGAUCUUCUCAAGAGAAUAAGAGCCGGAGAAAACACUCAAAACAUCACAAGCACAGACAUAGAGAUUCUUCACCCAGAGAUCAUCAUCGCUCUGGAAAAGAUCGUACAGCAGCAUCUGAGAGAGAGAAACAUAGAUGGAGAGAUUGAAAAAUGAAGUUUUGUUUUCUUAGUUUCACUUCGUAAACUGCAACUCCGAUCUACUCCCAGAAUACUAACUUAAGCUGUCGUUUCCAGUUAGGAAUGUACAUGAUGUCAAACUAUCAAGGUUUAUGGGACAUAUUCAUCAAUCAUUCAAACUUGUGUUGCCUUUAGUUAAGAAACGAAGUUCAGAUGUUGCUUUGUUCUUGGUAUUCCGGGUCAGUAUUAAAUUGUGCAAGGAUCAUGCUCAUACUUCUUUUUCUGGUUUUUGUUUAGUUACAAAUGUUCAUGGAGAAUCUCGGCGCUGGGUGCGAUGAGACUCUUCAGGACGCACAAGGAGGCUGCAAUUUCCAAAACUUCCUCUGGACAAGUGAGGCUCUUCGUUAGUCCUUUUCUAGUUCAGUUUAGAAAACUAUGAUCCUAUUCUAUCGUAUGAAUAAAUGCAAUCCUUAGAAU